GACUUCGUGGCCCCAAUUCCAAGUACUUCGGGUGCCCCCAUAUUCCAGUCUUCAUCUCCUAUUGGCAAAAAGACGUGUGUGUGUGACCGAUUGCCGUCUAACGAAUAUGCUACUGAAUCCUCAAUUAAGAAAUUACUCGAUACAAAUAUGGAAGUCAUUAACCUGUGCACGAAAAUAUUGAACAUUGUGACUACUGACAGAAAAUCUCGACAGCAAACCUACCCUCCAGCAAAUGGGGACUUAACACUGCAGUUUCCGAUCGAGAAUGAAGACCAGUUAGAGAUGCUGGAAGCAUCUUUAAGAGACGAAAAGUACAAACAGCAAUAUGUGAGUUGACGUAUUUAAUUCUUAUUUCUUGUCGACUGCUAAGAUGGCUAGCUGCCUUCAGAGUGAUCCAAAGUUAUCACUUAAGGUCAUGAUGCACCAUGUUGUAAAACCUGAAGUGGGUUUGAAGUUUACAUUCCAGGGGACUUUGACAAAGUCAAGCAUUGUGCCGUAUGCCUUUUAUAAAAUAAUGAGAUGUAAGUUUCAUUAAUGAAGUAAUUAGUUCUCGAGCUUUAAUUAUGUCGCACUUCUCCGGCCAACUAAUGACGACAAGAGAGAUUGGUGACAUGAUGGAUAGGGCCACGAGAUCGUACUUUCAUAAUUUGAAAGAUCGUGUCCAAAGGCGUCAGCGGAAGCAAGGAAUUCAGGUAAUUUUGCGAAACGCCUGCUUACUUCUAUAAGUGAACGUUUAUUCAACAUGUAGUAAUCACAACAUUGUUUUCAUUUUUAGGCAAAUGAAAAAG